AUGAUGCGAGGCGAGAUCCCCUCGAGGCACCGCCAGGCCCUGUGCCAACGACGGCUGGCCAAGAACCCGGGCCUCCAGCGCAAGCUGGCGCAGAUGGAGCUCCCCCUGGCACCCCUCGUCCAGCUCACCACGGGGGCCAUCCACCCGGCCUUCCCCACGACGGUCCUCAAGUUCUGGCUCCUCACCGACGACCAGCUCGAGUCCCUGGCGCACUUUUACCACCAGAGGACCCCCAACCCCUGGACGAACCAGUACCCCUGCCCCAUCACCUGGAGCUCCGAGCUGCCCCUUGAGGAGAAGCGCCGCAAGAUGGGCAAGUUUAUCGGUCUCCGGGGUUGCGACUCGCCCAUCCUGCUCAAGUCGGAGGAGGAGAUACUCGAUGAGGCCAGGAGGGCGAGGCUGACUGAGGAGGAGAUGUGGCGGCGAAAGCAUUAUCCUUGA